AUGUCCAUACAUUGUUAUUCCCCUACAACGGUGUCCAAACACAAAUUAUCUAACGAUGCUUGGAUCAGUAUCCACGGGAACGUAUACAAUAUUACCAAUUUCAUUACAGUAGUAAGUACCAUUAAUGUCAAUGCAACCUUAUAUAGGUACCUACACUAUAAGACGUUUUUUUGAUAAAAAUGUAUUCCAUUCAUUGCUUCUGGCAAGUUGUUAAUAUUCACAAUCGUACAUUGUAUUUGCACACUGUUUCUGGACUGGAUUUGCUUCAUGAAACUAUGAAUGCUAAAUCGUUAGCACAGCUAGCCAAAAACUAAGCAACUAAGCUUAAUUUUUCAUAUGUUAGCUUUUUAUAAAUUUGUUUUUUAAACGCUAAGUAUUCGCAUAGGCCCACUAGUUAAAAAUAAGUAUAUUUUUUUAUUUUUUUGAAAUCAAUAUCGAUUUUGAUUUGGUAUAAAUACACACAGUGGCAUAUUUUGUGUUUUUUUUAGGGAAUGAGGAUAAGGCCUGAUUUAAAUAAAUGAUAGUCCUGCGUACUACUUUUUUGAGGCUUAUUUCAAAUAAAAAAAAAAUUGCUAAAAAUAAAAAUAAAAACGGAUUGUCAGUAAUGAUAAUUAAUUUAGUUUUCUUGUGUUAAAGAAGAAUAAAAUAUUAAAUUGUGUAUUUUUCAAAUACAUCUUAAAAGAGUAUAAUUUUUAUUUUUUGGAAAGCGAGUGAUAAGAAUUUGGGAGCUUUAUGCUCGUGUAUCGCACCUAGAUGGAGAGAUUUUAUAAAGAUUUAUUCUGUGACUUAAUUAUUUUUAUUAUAAUAUGCUUUCAUCUAGUAAGCAUAUCUUAACGUAUAUGAAUUGUUUACCUUAUGGUACUUUAUUAGAACAUUUUUUCUAAAUUACCAAUAAUUUUUCCAACAAAAAAUUAAAAAAUUAAUAACAAUGCAUGACGAUACUUUGAUUUUAUUUUUUUUGAUUUGUCGGUUAUCUUUGGCUAUAAUGAAUAAUAACUAAUACUUUUAUUCAUAAUCUUACUGGUAUUCUAUUCUACGGAAUAUUUUGAGGAAAAAAUAUUUUUAAAAAAUACUUAUUAGUAGGGCAGAGGACUUAUAGCACUAAAAAAGCACUGAAUAUACAAGUACUUAUGAACUUAAAAAUCCUAUAAUAUGCACUAAAAAUAUGGCUCAUAUGUUUUUUUUGAAAGUGAUUUAUUUAAAAAUAUAUACAUCAUUUUUUACAAAAUUGUUAAUGAAAUUUAAUUUCUUAAAAAUUCUUCUUCUGGUCCUAAAAAAUUGUCCGUGUUAACUCUUUAUAAAUAAAAUUGAUCUAAUCGCUAACCCUCGAGACGCGUUUCAAAGAAGAACCAUAUUAUUUAAUUAUAAAAAAACCAUAAUACCUAUACAAUAAAAAUGUAAUUAAUUUUAAUUUCAACAAUACUUUAGUUGUAUGUAAAAUGAAAUUAAAACGUCGACGGAAAUAUAUUGAUUAAAGAAUAAAUUAUUUAAAAUAUGCUUCUAAAAAUAUAAAAUGGAAGAAAUACGACCUAAGAAAAAAAAAAACUCGAAAUAUGCAUUUAAAUGCUAAAUAAAUUUCAAAACUAGCUUUGUAAAAACAUGAAACAUAUUUGUUUCGUAUUCUGCUAUUUUUGUUAAUAUGCAAAUGUUACAAGUCCUCUGCCCUAAUUAUUAGUUACUUAAUUUCUUAAUGACGACCUUUUUAGAGAACCAACUGACGAAGUAAUAAAACUAAUUAAUUAUUGUCUCUAAAAAGAAAUUCCCUAUAGCUGAUUGACACGAAGAAGUAGACUUAAUUACUGAAAGUAUAGUUAGGUAUAUCACUGCAAUGAAAUCGAUUCCUUUUCUUUUACAUACCAAAUGUUAAUUUUAUUUCAGAAUUAUAAUUACAAUAGCAGGUAGUCACUUCAGUGAUAUUAUAUUACGAUAAUGUUACCUGUAAAUAAAACAUGUUUAAACGUAAAAAGCCUAUUGAAUUAUAUAAUUAAUUUGUACGAUAUAUACUUAUUUCAGCAUCCGGGAGGUGAAGAAGUUCUCAUUAAAUCAGCUGGAACAGAUGCAACAGAGUGUUUUGAUAGUAUAGGGCAUUCAGAUGAGGCAUACAAGUUAAUGAAUGAUUUGAAAAUAGGAAAAUUAUCAGAGAAAGACGAGGUAAUAUUUAUUUAAAUUAAUUAAAUUAAAUAUAUGUACAAUUUACUUACAAAAUAUUCGUAUUGAUAUAGUUAUAUAUUUAUUACCAUCUUAAUCUAUUUGAAAUUAGCGAAUAGAACUGCUAAUUACUUUUAAAACUGCUUGUUUCAUACAUUUUCUAAAAAACAAAUACCGAUAAAAGUUAAUAUUUUCCGAGAUAAAAAGUGUUUCACGUUAUGUUGAUCAUCAUAUAAAUUGUAAAGAUAGUUUUUAUAAUAUUCACCUAGAAUUGACUAUAGAUAAAUAUAGUGUUAUAUUUUUAAUGUGAACUUUAUAGACACCAUAGGCAAAAAUAGGAAAAGGCUUGGAAUGGCUAAUCUUCGCCCUCAAAUCAAAUCCUUAUUCAGUAAAUAUUAAGCAUGCAUAAUCAAUAUUAUGAGUUUUUUAGUCCUCCUAAAAAAUUUGAGCUAUUUGUAAAAUGCACGAUAAUUAAAAUACAAAUUUUUGGCAUUAAAUUAAACAAUAUUAUUAUAAAGUACAAAUUUGUGUUAAAUUAUUUUUUGUAAGUUAAACCAAGUUAUGUUUGACACAUAAAGUAAAUAAAAUCAUUAAUAUCACUUUAAAAAGAUGGAAGCAUACUUCGCUUGAGCAGGCCACUGUUAUAGGUGAGUAGUUAAGAUGGUAGGGGGAAAUUUAAUGUAUAUCUGUACGCAAUGAUAAACCAUUACUAUCGAAAAAACGAUUCUGAGUAGAGUUCAGUCGAUAUUGAUGCUUUAUAAAUAAUAUAUGUCAUAUUAUGGUCAAAUAAUUACAUAGGUAUGCAUUAAAAUAUAAUUAUUAUAAUUUCUUUAAUAAUAUUUGUUUAAUGUACCGAUUUUUCCGUUUUUCACAUUUGGUGAGAAAAUUCCUGAGAAAAUUGAAAAAUGACAUCCUUUAAGUAUCUCCCCACACCGAUUUCCUUUCAGAAAAGAUGCUAUACUUAAAAUAUUCUAUACUAUACUUAAUACUAUACUAUUCUAUUCUUAAAAAUUGGAACAAGAUUUCUGGUAUUAUAUUGGUAUAAAGAUAAAAAAAAAAAAUUAAAAUAAACAUCUUUGUAAAAUUGUAAUUCGCAUUACUCAGAAUCUAAAAUUAUAAGUAUUGACAGAAAAAAAAUAGAAUUUUAGACUGAUUUCUAUAGCUUUUGGGUCUCGGUAAAGCGGAUGAAAAAUAGGAAAAUCACUAAUUUAACGACGAAUUUCUUUUUUUGAGACACAAGUUUUUCACAACGUUUUUUUGAUAUUUUUUCUCUAGAUUUAAAAAUGAAAGAACAAUAACCGGAUUUUAAUUUUGAAUGACAAUAAUAUUAUUAACAGUUGUGUUAUACAAAUAAAGGCAAUUGUUUCCAAUUAAUAAGUAUUCUCAAAGUUUAUUUAUUGGUUAAUUAAAUGAAGGUGUACGUUCUCCGUAAUACACUUAAAUGUAUGAAAUUAAUUAUUUAAAUUCCAAGUCAUUGUUGGAAUUAUAUACUUGUGUAGGAGUAAAUAUACAUAUUAACAAACCAAAAUCCUUGGGAUGAAAAUGUAAUUAUUUCAAUUAAGUAUGCAUAAUUAAUUGUUACAAUCGAAUAAAUUAUUAUUACCUCAGUUAUAACUAAUUAGUACCUUCCUGCAAUUAAUUUACUUAUAUUAAACGAGUAGUUCAAAUACUUAUUAAAGUUUCAUUUUAUAUUCUAAACGGAACUAGUAGAUAGUACUACAGUUAGUAUAAUAAUAAUAUUACAUAUAUGUAUUAUUUUUUCCGCUACGUUCCAGGUCUAAUAGCUUUACUAUGCAAUGGAUAUAUUUUUAAAAUUUUUUUUUUGCAUCUAAUAACUUUUCUACCAGAAAUCUUGCUCCGAUUUAGAGUGUAAAAUUUUUCAUAAUAGGAAAUUUUCUCUAGUUGGUGCAUUAAGGAGAUUAUUUUUUGAUAAUCCAAGGAGUUUUCAAAAUAAUUGAGAAAAACCGGAAAGAAAAUUAUAGGUAAAAUGUCAAAUAUUUAUGGCGCACCGCGGCGUUAGGUACCGAUUUCAUUGUUUUUAAUUUUUACAAUCUAUGUUUUCUACUAGAAAUAUUGCUUCAAUCGAAAAAUGACAAGACAUCAAUUUUGUUCCAUCUAGUAGUUUACUUAUUAUUUUCGAUAAUUUAUAAGUAUUUGAUAUUUUCGUGUUUUAUAUGUAUUUUUGUUUGGGAGUUUUCUGUUAUUAAAAUUAUAUGACUUGAGAGAAAUAUUUGCCUAUACACUGUACCUGUGGUGACCAACCUUUUUAUUACAGAGGCCUUAAAAAACUAAUAAUUAUUCUUGGUGGACCAAGAAUUUAAAUUUUAUUUUUAAGUUAAUAUAGAAUAUUAUAUUUCACUGUAGGUACAUUGUAAUAUGAGUACAGUGAUACAUUUAAUUAUUUAUUAUUUAUUGAUUGUUAUAAAUGGAAAAAAAUUAUUAACAUAUCUUUUAACUUUUUUUAAUGUGAGCAUUAAUUUUUGAAAUUUGAAAUUAUUUUUUUCAAUUUUGAUUUAAUAUUUUGGAGCACCGAUUAAUAUAAAUGAUCGCGGGCCGGAUUUGUCUCGCGGACCGUAGUUUGUCACCACUGUACUAUACAAUGAAAUACGUCGUUUUUCACCGUCACGAUAAAACACGCAGGUCAGAACGGUAAAGUAUGAGCAAAAACCGACGGUAAAGCACGACAGUUUUUAUAUCUGUCGAAUCUUGAUUUUAAACACAAUGGUUUCAUUGUGACGAUGAAAACCGUUGUAUUUUAUUGUAGUAUAUUGGGAGCCUAAUAGUCUGGUGAACCCAGUUCCCCUGCAAUAAAAUUUUGGUUGCCGCCAGUGGUUGAUCUAAAAUUGAAUUUUUGUUUUAGGAGGGGUCUUCUAAAAAAAAAUUAUCUGCAGUAAAAAAUAAAGUAAAAUAUGUAUGAUAACAGUUGAACUGCACUCACCAUAAUACAGGCGUGAUGAAUGUAUUAUAACCGCCACGAUCGCAAUUAUCAUAUUAGUAUUAAUGCAAUACGCCAAUAAAGGAAUGCAUUUUAAACACGUAAACGAUAUUAUUUGGUGACAAAUUAUGAAAAUAAUAUAUAUAUAUAUGUCAUCACAGUAAGAUUUAUUUUUAAUAUCACAUCAGUGUUAAAAAAUGCAUAAACAUCAAAAUAGUGUUAUUCAUAAAUAAUUAAGAUACUAUUUUAGAUUCUGAGCUGAGCGAGGAAAGUAUUGGUUUUACAAUGCUGUUUAUUUCUUCUAUUUCUUAUUCUUUGUUCUUUGUUUUAGUCUGUGGACAUGUUUUUUUCUAGUAAACUUGCUCCGAUUAUUAAGUGUAGCAACUAUUCUGAAAGCUCAAAUUGUCCAGAUCAUACUUUAAAAAAAUCAUUUUUUGAUUUUCGAUACUAUAAGUUGAUUUUAUAUGUUUUACCCUAGAUUUCCAACUUGCCACCUAUAGUAGCUCAUACCCAUAGUACGAAUACACGAAGUAUUUCUAGUUUUUUAAUAAUCAUAUUUAUGUUACUAAAAUUUAGAAUUUCCUUCUCAUGUAUACAAAAACGCAGUGGCAUAAUCAAGAUUUUGAAAUAUCUUGGUAUAUCUUGUAAAUAUACCUACUUAACAUUUAUUCAAUUUAUGAAAGAUUAUUUAACUUCAAGUGUUAUUUAUCUUUUAUUUGAAUUGAGCAUAGGAGUAAUGUAUUUAAAAUUAAAAAUCAAUACGUUUUUUUAUGUCUCGUACAAUGUACUUCUUAAGCAAAACUAGUUGUAUUACACAGUCACAGUGUAUCGAACUAGUGUUGUACUACGCAAAAUUAUAACCCCUGCUUCACGUAUAUAAUAAUAUAGUACAAUGAAUAUUCAUAUAAAUAUACAAAUAUCGAAUACGCAUAAAUAUAAUAUACAGAGUGUCUCCCGAAGAUUCGACAAAUGCAAUAACUUUUGUUUUGUUCAAUAAUUAAAAUUUUAAUAUUUUUUUUGAAUUUAUAAUACCUAUUCUAUAUUAUUUUAAAUUGUUUUCAUUACCACUAUUAAAUAAUAUCAAUCAACUCACCAAUAUUUGUCUAUGAAAAGUUAUUUUGUUAAUGAUUUUUGUAAACUUCAAUCAAUUGUAGAAACUUAAUAAUUCAUCAUUAUUCACUAGUAAAGUGUAAAAACCGAUAUUUUAUUUCAAAAUAUAUUUAUAAAAUGGCUAUCUUGGAUUUUGAAAAAAAAUUUUUUAAUUUUAUUUUAAAAAAUAUAUAAAAUAAAGAAAUAUUUGUGAGACACUCUGUAUAUGUGGGUAACCUAACCCAACCUAAUUAACACAAUUACAGCAAAAAAAAAAAUCAAAAAUAAAAUGAAUACGAUUCAACAUUCGUUUUUUAAUAAAAUCUCAAACAUUUUGAAUACGUAUGCAGUUAAAAAUUAUAUAUAUUAUUAGUAUUAAUACUGCGUUAUUUAAAGGAAAAAAAACACGAAUGCAUAUAAUUUUAAUGCGUCAUAGUUAUAUUUUACUAUAAUAACAAUAUAUUAUCAACUAUUAUGUAAUAUCAAAUACUGUAAAUGUCGAUGCAAUAUUGAAUCGGUUCAUUUGGCUCCCGAACGCAGACAGUGGCUUAUUUGAUGGGAAGGGGGGAAGGGGCGAUCCACCCUUCGUUCGUCUCAGCUUAUUUAAUUAUAUUUUACUAGGUAUACUGGAACAAUAAUCUUUAUUUUAUCGUUAUGUAUGUGUAAUAAGAAAAAUAAAAUAUGCUACCUAGUGUGAAAAAUUUAAAUUUACGGACGUUAUAGUUUUGCCCAAAUGAGGUUGGUUAUUACUAGGUAUAUCCGGACGAAAGUCGAAUUAUGACUUUUUAUAAUAUUUUGCCCAAGUACCGUGGACACUUCAAGUUUUGACCGGAUAUUUCUGAGAUUUCUGGGAAAGCCAUUUUGGCUUUUGCUCGUAACAUACCUAUGUAUUAUGUCAUAUUAAUUAUAUAUAUAUAUAUAUUUUUUUUUUCUUUUGUAUAUAAUAUUUAUAGUUUAUACUUAUAAACUAUUUUUCUAAUUAGCAAGGAAGAAUUACAAAAAAAAUUAUAAUUGUUGUUUUUUAUAUUUUUUUUUGAGACGAGGAAACCGCUUGCGAUGUUUUGUGAUGAAUUACAAUUUUUAAACUAUCCCCUUGAUUGAGCCCCAGAUACGCCACUGAACCCAGGUAUUCGACAUUUUAACUUAUUGCAUUGACUCGCAAUGUUUAUCUUUAUUGAAUCGGCUCUCUAAUGAUAUCUUUCGUAAAUUCAUUGAUUACCAAAAUUGUUCAAAAUGAUCAUAAUAUUUUUAUUAUAUGCAUCGAAAUAUUGAAUUUUAUGUAGCCAUAUUAAUAAUAAGUAGGUACGAAAUUAAACUUAGUGCAUGCCAUAUAAUAUUAUGUACUUAUUAAAGUUAGUUCAAAAUCAUAUUUUGUAUACUAUGAUAUUUCUAUAGUCAAAUUAGAAUAAUUUCCGGCACUAGGCGCGUAGCCAAGAGUUUUUUUUUCGGAGGGGGGCUUCAAACAAAACAUGAAUCUUCAGCUAGCAAUAGUUGUACCAAUAAUUUGAUUUUUUGGUGAGAAGCUUAAAUUUCGGGAAGGUGGUGUAGCUUGGGCCUCAUUGACCUCCCCUAACCCCCGGCUGCGCAUCCGUCCGGCUCUUUUUGUCCUAACCUACUUUAUAAACUUUCAUUUGUAUUGUAUUUGGAGAAUUACCUGUCGAAAACGCUCUUGGAAUGCCGAUCCAAUAAUUCAUAACCAUAGGACCCAGAGGACAACAAUUCACUAGUCGGGAUGAUAUUAUAAUACCAUUACGAGCGCGUCCAAAUAGACAGACACGCCGACUAGACGAACAAAAGUCACCGUCAUUCGUUUAUUUAUUAGUCGGGCGUGUGUGGCAAUCUCACUGCGCCGCGAGAGCCUACCGGCAGCUCUUGACGCGACGCACGUGUAUAGGUGUGGGCGGGGUAGGCCGGUUAGGGAAUACAUCAUUCGCCGAAAUUUGACAACAACGCGUCUUAAUAAACUGGUUUUAUAAUUCAAAAUGUCCAAUUGGUUUUUACUCAUGAACCUGCGCCGAAUUUUUUUUUUUUUCCGCUUACGCAACACGAUUAUCGUUUAAAACCACCAUGGGUAUGGUAUUCGACGGGUGUUCACGUGUUUAUGUAACAAAAUCGUAUUGUGCCACGACGAAUCAACGGCGAUUGAAACGUCUACGGUCAUAAUUAUUUGCAGGCCGGUUUAAUACUGUAAUAUUAUUAUUACGACCGUCGACGCCGUAAUUUGUCCGCGUCAAGGACAAACCGGGCAGAGUACCGCGGUAUAAUUGUAAUUAUUGUUGUUGUACGUCGAUAAUAAUCGUAGAUUAGGCCGUAAAUAAACAUCGAACGGAUGUAAUUGCAUUGCUCACACGGCCAAUGUAAUAUUUUUGUCAAGUUUAUUCAAUUGUACGUAUCGCGAAAUCUGUACACGACGAUGACUUUGCGUUUUUAUUUUCCACCGUACCUACGCGAUUUUCCGCGCGUUCGCCGUGCAGUGCUGAUGCCACCGGUCCGUUCAACCGUCACAGUCCCGGUAAUCGGUCCCGGUAUCCGGGAUACACGAAUAAUAAAAUAAUAACAUAAACACCGAAAACUGUUUUGACGAAUAUCUUGCCGUUCGCCGAGAUUUCCGUUAUCAUUUGAGUUUUCGAAAUGUUGUCAUAUUUUUUCAAAUUUUAAUUUACAACACUACGGGCUACAGUGUAGCGUGUUAUCGACUACCCGCGGAAAUAUAUAGUCUUGCCAAUAUAAUUUUUUUUGUUUUUAUCAUUUAAUUCUUUUCGUUUGUGAUAACCUCGCGAUCGCGUAAACAUUAAGCUACUUCAAUGUAAUAAAUUAUAGCCGAGUCGUUCUCAUAGUAUUUACACUGUACUUAUAUCGUGGCGGUGGUUCAGUAUCAGUGGCCGACGUUUUUACGGCAGUGACGACGACUGCGACAAUAGGUUUUUCUCCCCCACUCUUCGCCAAAUUACCGGUACUGGUCUCGUUUAUCGUUAUCCUUUUCUAUUUCUGUUGAUUGCAACUUCUCGACUGGUCGGCUUUCGUUUAAUUUUAGCUAACCGUAACUCGUUAGCAGUCUGUUUGCGUGUCAUCCACGUCUUGUACGGUACACCGUUACGUCUACUCUGCUGUUCCAAUUUCGCAUUUAUUUUUACUUUUCCCGUAAUAAAAUCUUAAUUUUUGUUGACACCGAUUAAUUGCGGAUCACGAUGAGCGAACAAGAAGUGAAAAAAUACUCCAUGGCGGAAGUUAGGGAAAAAGCGGACGCGAAAGAACCGUGGAUCGUGAUCAACGACAGCGUUUACAAUGUUAAAGAAUUUCUAAACGACGUACGUUCGCCGUGAACCCCAUUGAUUUCGAUUUCGUUUCGUUCCGCCACAGGGUGGUUUAAUUUAUUUGUUUAACAUUACAGCACCCCGGUGGUGAAGAGGUUCUGUUGGAACAAGCCGGUAAGGAUUCGACUGAAGAGUUUGAAGAUGUUGGACACUCCAGCGAUGCUCGUGAAAUUAUGGCAAAAUAUAAGAUCGGAGAACUGAUAGACGUAAGUCUCCCUCAAAUACAAAUAUCAAUAAAUCGUAAUGUUGGAAUAAUAAUAAAAAACAUUUAUUUAAGUUUAUUUGACGAUAUAUAUAUUAAGUAUAUUAUACCUACUCCAUGUUUUUUUCGUAGUCCUUAUGUUUGUACAUUUAGGUAUGAGAACCAUGUGGUGUUUAAAAAAAAAACCAAGCAUUAUACUGCAUAAACCGUGUAUAAAUAGUGUAUGUGGGCUCUCUUCUAGUUUAUUCCAGUUAAUAAGUUUAACAACAUUUGAAAUAGUGUUGCAGGUAACAAAUUUAUUAUGCGACAUUAUAGCAUCCAACAUUGUUGCUUCUUUAUGAAUCCAGUUUAAGGUUUGAUAUUUUUUAAGGCUACAUUGUUUAAUUUUACUUAGGUAUCUGAUAAUAGACAUUUUUAAUUUAAAACAUGUUUACAAGGUAAAUAAUUAUCAAUCAAUGAAUAUAAAGAAUGACUGGUAGGUAAACAAAUAAUAAAUAUUAAUCCUAAUCACUUGAUAAUAUGAAAAUGACUAGGUAAUCUAAAAUUGAUCAAAUAAGGUUAAGAAAAUAAGCUAAUAAAAUGCCUGUUUUUGGGUUUUUCUAUUAUUAUUAUUAUUAAAAAAAAAAAUCAAAAAAAUAUUUAGACAUACUUCACACAAUGUAUGGGCUACUGUUGUAGGUGAGAAGUUGGGAAGGUAGGAUAUAGAUUAUCGAGGGAAAUUUAAUGUAUAUCUUUACGCAACAUAUAAUAUUUGCUUACAAAACUGAUAUUGAGCAAUGCCCGGAGUUCUGUUUUACACAUUUUAAAAGAUCGUAAUAAUAUUUAUGAUUUUAAAAUUAUACAUUUCGUAGAUUUUUUCUCAGUUUUUCCCAUUUAUUAUGAAAACCCCUGGGAAAAUCAAAAAAUGACCUGCUUAUAGUAUUACCAUAUUUAGAUUUCCUUUCAAAAAAAAUGUUCCACUUGAAAAUCUGAACAAAAUUUCUGGUAGAAAAGUUGUUCAUAGAAAAAAAAAAAAAAUGUAAAAUAUUCCUCGCUCCACUCAAAAUCUAAACUUAUAUAAUAAACAUAUAUACAAAUAUAUAAAAUAAACACUUGAUAUUAAUGAUAAUAUACUUAAUCCCUAAUAUACCUAAUUAAAAUCCACAAUUGUAUUAUUUUAAUUUAUAUGUUAGAGAAUAAUUGUUAAUAAGCAUUUUAAACAAAAUUUUAUUGAUUUAGACUAAAAGUAAUAUUAUUUAUUCCUUUAUUAUUAUAAAUUAUGAGUUAUUUUGUUUCAUUUAAAUUUAGCUUAUUCUAAUGUUAUUUAACCUUAACCUUAAUCAUUAACCAAACAUCUAAAUAACUGACUAAUUAAGAAGAUUAUCAUUGUUGUUUGAAGUUUAUUACAAUUUAGUAAUAACCUUUUUUUAUAGUUUUAAAAAUUAAAAUCUUUUAAUUUGGUAUAUAGCAUAUUAUAAUUUAUAGUAAAAAUGGCAAUAAAAUUAUUUCUUAAUCAUUAAAAAAAUGCAUGCAGUUUAUAGAUAUUAAGCAUAAACAAAUAAAUACUAAUUACUGUAGUCUAAGGUUUGGAUUUUUAUGUCAUACUUUUACAAAUAUUUUGAAUAUGAUUUGCCUUACAGUAAAAAAUUAAUCUGUUUAAUUGCAGGAGGACAAAAAACAUAAUAAAAAACCGUCAAGCCAUCCAAAAUCUGCAUCUUCAGAUGAAUCUCCUGAUAAUUUUAGGUUAGUAAGAUAUCUGAAUAAAUUAAAUUUAUUUAUAAGUCUUUCCUUAUUAAUAUUUUUGAGUAUAUUAUAUUGUGUUUUUAAAAAAAACCUAUGAGGACAUAUUAAAAAAAAAUAAACAUGCAAAUUUAUUUAUUCAUAUGACCAACAUGCCAAUUAAUACUUAAUAUAUAAUUUAAAACUGUAGAUAAGUGUUUAAUAAACCCGUUUUGAAUCUGAUUGAACCAAGGAUAGCCAUUAUUAGUUGUCUUGUUCCAUUUGCAUUUUCUUUUUUAACAAUAUUUUAACUAUUUUUAUAAAUAUAUUAUUAAAAAAAUAUUAAUUUGUUACUUUAUUGCAUCUAAUUUUUUGCUUAGUUAAAAUUGAUUGUUUUAUGGUUAAUAAUUUAAAAUUAGAUUGUAUGCCAUUAAAAUGUAAAACAAAUAAAUAAUUCAUUUAUAAAUACUAAGUAUGCUUUGAAAAUAUGUUCAAAAAUGUAUACAAAUGUCUUGUAGUUCCAUGUUAAGUUUUUAAUGACAUUUUUGAAUUAAUUAUAAAAUUUUAAAUAAUUACUGGUAAUAAUUUGCAUUAGAAAAUAUAUAAACAAUUUCUCAACAUAAUUUUUGAAUACCUUAGAAUUUAAUCUUUUUAAUUCUAAAUUAUCUUUCGUUUUCCAUAUUAAAUCAUAUAUAAAUCGGUCAAAUUACUUAAGUCAACUUAUUUGGGUUAUUAGCUACUCAGCUUGCAUGUUAACAAAAUGAUUGAUAAGGUAGCCAAAUUUACUUCUACUACAAUUUUACCUACUUUUGCUCAAUUACCUUGGAUCAAUUUAGCCCGAAUCUUACAUUGUCACAUAACUGACCUUUGGUUCAUCUAUUGUAAUAAUCUGCAGCCAACUUUGCGGCCAAAUACAAUUGUUUCCAAUAUCUCUAAUAAAAAAAAAACUUGGUUCGACAACUUAUAUUUACCAAGAUCUAUUAUUCGUUUCAAUAGAUUCUACUUGGAUCAUUCACUUCUACCUGAUCAUGCAUAUAAACUUUGUUCAAAUAACUUAACUACACCUCUCUUAUUUACUCUUAGAUUGUCCUUUACAUAUCAAAACUUUAACAUUGUAUUAUUAGAUAGAUAAACAAUUUUUUUUAUAUUUAAGAUUGUAACUUUAUUUUUAGUAUGUUUUAUAUUGCUUAAACUGGUAUAUACACUAAUGUCUACCCUAUAUCAUAUAUAAUUUGAUUUUAAUUUUAAUUUUAUUAAUGAAUUUAUUUAUUUACACAUUUUGUAUAACUAAUAAUUUGCAUUUAAAUCUAAUAAAAAGACAUUUUAAAUAAAUUAAUAAAUUUCAUAUUAAGUUAUUUUUUUUGUAACUACAUGUUUCAAAAUCAUCAAAGCUUUGUAUAAAAAUUCAAAAAAUCUUAUAAAACAUGCAUCAUAGUUAUCACUUAUUAUAAAAGUAAAAAUCAUUUUUUUAACAUUUUUUUUUUUUGGUAAAAAUGGUUAAAUUAUUAAAAUACAACUUAUAUUAUUUUUCAUAUGAAAGUAAUAAUAAGGUACAUAUUUAUUUAUAUUUUUUAUACUACAAGUUAUUUUAUCAUAAAUGUUUGUUUUGUAUGUUUUAAACUAAAUUUUUAUUGUUGUAUUAAUUUAGUUAAAUAUGUUAUUUUAAAGUACAAUUCAAAUUAUUUAAUACAAAUAUAUUUUAUUAAAUAUAUAAUUCAAUACAAAAUAAAAGUGAUUAUUUAUAAUAAUGUCAAUUUAUUUAUACAUUUAUUACUGUUUUAGCAUUUGGAAAUCUUGGUUGCUGCCUUUGACAUUGGGAGUACUUGCCAUCUUCGUUUACCGAUACUUUAUUGCUUCAUAA